GUGUGGUUUUCGCUGUCGAUUGAGCCGUUCUUGUGCUUUUCCGGCGAACGAGGGAACGAAGAGGAAGAGAAGUAGAAUGGGAAAGAAGUCGAAGAAGCCGGGGAAGGGGAAGGAGAAGACGGAGAGGAAGACGGCCAAGGCUGAGGAAAAGAGAGCCAGAAGAGAGAGCAAGAAGGUCUCCGAGGAGGAUGACAUCGAUGCUAUCCUUAGGAAUAUACAGAAGGAGGAGGCUAAGAAGAAGGAAGUUCAUAUUGAGGAGAAUGUUCCCCGCCCUUCUCCUCGAUCUAAUUGUUCGCUGAUCCUUAACCCACUCAAAGAAUCAGAGUUGAUUGUCUAUGGAGGUGAAUUCUACAAUGGGAAAAAGACAUAUGUUUAUGGUGAUCUUUACCGUUAUGACAUUGAAAAGAAUGAGUGGAAGUCAAUAUCAAGCCCUAACAGUCCGCCUCCUCGUAGUGCUCACCAAGCUGUUGCUUGGAAGAAUUACAUCUAUAUAUUUGGUGGUGAAUUUACUUCUCCAAAUCAAGAGAGGUUCCAUCAUUACAAGGAUUUUUGGAUGUUAGAUUUGAGGACAAAUCAAUGGGAGCAACUACUCCAAAAAGGAUGUCCAAGUGCUCGCUCAGGCCACCGCAUGGUUUUGUAUAAGCAUAAAAUUAUUGUUUUUGGUGGCUUCUAUGAUACUCUUAGAGAAGUGAGGUACUUUAAUGAUCUACAUGUUUUUGAUCUUGAUCAAUUUAAGUGGCAAGAAAUAAAACCCCGACCUGGAGCAAUGUGGCCAAGCCCAAGGAGUGGUUUUCAGCUAGCUGUUUUCCAGGAUGAGAUAUUCUUGUAUGGUGGCUAUUCAAAAGAGGUUGCAACAGAUAAAAGUGGCUCUGAGAAAGGAAUUGUUCAUUCAGAUAUGUGGUCUCUUGAUCCUCGGUCUUGGGAGUGGAACAAGGUUAAGAAAAGUGGGAUGCCUCCUGGCCCACGUGCUGGGUUCUCUAUGUGUGUGCACAAAAAGCGGGCAGUGCUCUUUGGUGGUGUGGUAGACAUGGAGGUUGAAGGUGAUGUUCUAAUGAGCUUGUUCAUGAAUGAGCUAUAUGGUUUCCAAUUAGAUAGCCAUCGUUGGUAUCCUUUGGAGUUGAGGAAGGACAAGCCUACUAAAGAAAAGUCAAAGGGUUCCAAGAAACAUGACGCAUCAGAGGCUUCUUCUCUUCCUGCUAAUGACACUAAUGAUUUAGAUAUGUCCAUGGCAAAUGAUGGAGAUGAUUUCAUGGAGGAUUAUGAAGAAGUUCCUGAUAUACAGUCUGGCAUUAAGGAAGUUUCAAAUCAAGUUACAAAAUCUCUUAGCUUGAACAAUAUUACUUCAUCCAAGAUGUCAGAUGUCCAAGGUCUUAAUGCUAUUACUGAUCAGCAGUCAUCUACUUCAUCCGAGGCAGUGAAACCUUGUGGACGCAUCAACUCUUGCGUGGUUGUGGGAAGAGAUACACUAUACAUGUAUGGUGGCAUGAUGGAAGUCAGAGAUCAAGAAAUUACACUUGAUGACCUAUAUUCUCUUAACUUGAGCAAACUAGAUGAAUGGAAGUGCAUCAUACCGGCUUCUGAACCUGAGUGGCUUGAAGUUUCUGAGGAGGAUGACAGUGAAGAAGAAGAAAGUGAUGGUGGAGGUGAUAGUGAUGAAACCGAUGAUGAUGAAAAUGAUGAUAUGGAUUCCGAGGGUGAUGGUGAAGGCAGAUUAGACAUGGGAGAUGCUGUUUCGUUUUUAAAAGGGGAGAAAACAAAUCUACGCAGAAAAGAAAAACGUGCCAGAAUAGAGCAAAUAAGAGUCACACUCGGACUUUCCGAUUCCCAACGGACUCCUCUGCCUGGGGAGGCAUUGAAGGACUUCUACAAAAGAACGAACACGUACUGGCAAAUGGCGGCUUAUGAGCAUACUCAGCAUACCGGAAAGGAACUCCGCAAAGAUGGAUUUGAUUUAGCUGAAGCUCGUUUUAGGGAACUUAAGCCGAUCCUCGAUGAGUUGGCCUUACUAGAGGCGGAACAGAAGGCCGAAGAACAAGAGGCUGAAGCUAGCUCGUCGAAGCGAGGAAAUAAGAAAAAACAAACUUCAAAAUCACAAAGAUAGCUAAAAAAAUUAUUUAUGAGAUUUUGUACUAGUGUUUAUGAGUUGCUAUACAAAGCUAAAGACAAUGAAACUCACCUUUUGUAUCAUCUUCUUGUUCCCUGUAAGUUAUCCAUAAACAUGUUUUGAUUCAUAUUGUUCCAGGAUUUCUCAUUGCUGUUAUAUCCAGAUGAAAUUAAAACAUUUGAUUUUGGUUCAACUUGAUUGAUUGUCACAAAUUAUAGUAAUUCUUAUGAGAAUUCUGAUUCUUGCUUUCA